AUGUCCGCAAACGACGUGGUGGUCAGUGGUAUAUCGGGUCGGUUUCCGUUGUCCGACAACACCGACCAGUUGGCUAAGAAUCUGUACGAUAAGGUCGAUAUGGUUACGGGGGACGACACCCGGUGGCCAGUGGACUUAUACGACAUGAACCCUCGGAUGGGAAAGAUAAUGGACUUCAAUAAGUUUGACUCCACUUUCUUCGGCCUUAUGGAGCAAAUGAUGAAUGAGGUCGACCCGCAGGCCCGGAUGCUUUUGGAGGUGGUCUACGAGGCCAUUGCCGACGCCGGCGUGAACCCUCAAGAUCUACGGGGCGGUCGCACCGGUGUUUACGUUGGCGUCUCCAUAUACGCCAACACUCAGGGCUACCCGGAGGACAUACAGCCUGACAUACGAAACAAUUUGCAGGCUGCCGUUUUGAACUCCAUGUCCAACACCAAGACCUUCUACGCGAGUCGCAUAUCAUUUGUGUUUGACUUGAAGGGGCCGUCGAUGAUAGUGGACACCGCCUGCUCGGCCAGCAACGUGGACAGCGCCGUCGUGUGCGGCACUCACAUGCUAUUCGAGCCGUUCGUACUACAGUUCCAACAGGAGGGCGGCCUAUGUUCGCAACGUGGAGUGGCGGCCGUACUGGACCAGGAGGCCGACGGGUUCAUCAAAGGGGAAGCCGUUUGCUGUAAUUUCCUACAGUAUCGCAAGAAUGCGCGCCGAGUGUACGCCACGGUAUUGGCCGCCAAAAUGAAUAUCGACGGCUUCAAGACGAUCGGUAUGUUCUUCCCAUCGGCUGAGGCACAGGAGGAGCUCAUGACGGAGGCGUAUAAGGAGGCCGGUGUGGACCCACUGGACCUGACGUUUUUUGAGGCUCAUUGCACCGGCACUAAGGCUGGCGAUCCCCAGGAAAUAAAAGCCAUAUACAAUGCGUACUGUAAAGGACCUGGUCGUGAGACACCAUUACCAUUGGGUGUACUUAAGAGCAAUAUGGGUCACUCGGAAGCCGGUUCCGGAACGGCAGCUAUUAUUAAAGUGUGCAUCGCCUACGAAAAUGAAUGCAUUCCGCCCAAUCUGAAUAUGACCCAGAUCAAAGAUGAAUGUGCUGUAUAUUGUCCACCAUUGGAACCUAUCAUGGAAUCGUUGCCUUAUGAACCAGGUUUGGCGGGUAUUAACAACUUCGGCAUCGGUGGGGCCAACGCUCACGUACUGCUCGAACCUAACUAUAAGUUGGGAACCAAUGAUAGCCUAAAAAUAGCCCAAACUAUACCCAGAAUUGUCAACAUUUGCGGCCGAACUGAGCGAUCAGUCAAACAUAUCAUGGAUUUCAUUGAAAACAAUCCCAAGAAAAUCACAAAUGAUUUUUUGGCACUUUUGGCGCAAACCAUGAGAUUCAAGCCUAAUGUGAAUUCAUCCGGGUUUCCAUAUAAAGGUUCGCUUAUAAUAAAGAAAAUAAGUGAAGAAAACAAUGAAAUAAAAUACGAGUACAAGAAACAGACGGGAGUUAUGAAGGGAAAGACGUUGAGACAACUAUGGCUACUGUUCCCCGGUUUGGGCGGACAAUGGCCUGCGAUGGCUAAGGCUUUAAUGCCAAUCAAGAUAUUUGCCGAUAAAGUGGAGGAAUGCCAUCAAAUACUCCAAGAGUUUGGCAUUGAUUUGAAAAAUCUGUUGUUAUCUGAAGACAAGACAACGAUCUCCACAAUGACUGCAAAGUUC